AGCACCACCUGUAAACGUCUAUAUCACAACAAAAUUUGUACCAGCAGUCAAGUAUAAAACCUGUUUAUUAAUACCAGAUUCUGGUCCUUGUCGUGCUGAUAUCAAAAUGUAUUAUUUCGAUCCAGCCGCAAAGAACUGUUCAGCUUUCACCUGGGGAGGUUGUCAGGGUAACGGCAACAGAUUUGACACCGAAGAGGAUUGCUUAGGUUAUUGUUUAACUCAUGAAAACGAGCGACCGAAACCACCUAGUUAUUGUUCGCUUACCUUUGACUACGGAUAUUGUUUCGGGUCAGUAGAAAGAUGGUACUUUGAUACACAUUUCAAAUUGUGCCAAAAAACUAUAUAUUCCGGAUGUGGCGGCAACAACAAUAAUUUUGGUAACGAAGCAAUGUGUAACAAAAUCUGUACAUUUAACUCAAAAGUUACGACUCUUAGACCAAAACGAAUAACCGAUAAUAUUAAACGAAUAGUCAUCAUCAAUCCACAUGACUCAAGAACUACCUCUACCACCAAUUCCAUAACACGCUCUAAAGUAACAAAUAAUAAUAGAAUAAAUAAUAGAACACGUAAAACUACAGUACCUGAUGAAAAUGUAACUACACGAAAAAUCUAUAUUCCGCCUUACUCACCACCUAAUAAAUGGGGAUUCUGGAGACGAGGGUUACCUUACAAUAAAAAAAACCAAACAUCGUAAGAGGUCAAUAUUAAA